GUCGGUCAAAAUGUUGAGCGAGGGCGCCUUGCGUCGGGUCGCAGUUUGCCUCUGCGGCAUGCAAGUGCUGGAUUACGCCGCAGUCUGCCUCCUGGUGGAGAAGGACAUGGAAACGGAAUUUCGUAUUUACUCGAGAAAAGUGAUUAAAAUGUUCGACAGAGCCAAACGGAUUGGCAUCAUAGCUAACUUUCUGGUCAUGAUUGCCCUUGCAUUGAAAUGUGCCAAGUUCCUCGAGAUAGUGACGCCAGUGCACAUAGCCUUGUUGGUGUAUAACACAAUAGAAUUAAUCGUGAGGGUUGUCGUCGCCCUGGUCAAUGGCGGCCCCCCCGAGGAGGUGAAUCUUGAGGAAUUCCUUACGUUCACCCUGAUGAGCAUCUGGCUGAGGCUGCUCUCCGAGUACCUCGUCGUUAAGUACUGGUACCUCUUGAGUGCCAGCGUGGGUGGAUGACUGGACACCUGCGAGCCUCGCUACGACGACGUCUGCUGCUUCUCCGCAUAAAAUCUCAAUAAA